CUAGCAACCAUGGUCCACUAAUCGCAAGCUUCUCGCGCACUUCGCUUCAUUGAGAAUAUAAAUGUGGACAUGUUAAUGGCUUAAGUUAAAUUUUAUGACAUAGGCUGUACAAGGCUGCUGUUGCGCCAUCUGUACGUCUCAUCAUGGCAUCAAGCCCGAAAAGUAAAUAUUUAGACGAUCUCAAAAAAUCGGCAUCAGUCGCGGCGGGUACUGCCGUGAAAGAGGAUACCAGUAAAUCCUCCGAAGACAAAUUCGAGGACACCAGUGAAACCUUCGAAGAAAAAUGGCAGGGCGCCGGCUCUGAGAACACCGAGGACGAUGGCGAAGAGGACUUGUAUAUAAUAGAUGAAGAAGAGCUCGAGAAACUUGACAAGACGAUGACCGAUGAGGAGCGAAAGGCCAACAAGGAGCGUGCACUAAAGAUGAAAGAAGAUGGAAAUGUGAGCUUCAAGGCGGGCCAGUACCUUGAUGCGAUGGAGACUUACACAGAAGCAUUGAAGAUAUGCCCCUUCUCCAACUCAGCGGAACGCUCUAUCCUGUAUUCAAAUAGAGGUGCCACAUGGGCUAGGCUGGAAAAGAACAAAUUGGCGAUUAAAGAUUGCACAAAAGCCAUUGAGCUGAACCCUUCCUAUUUGAAGCCUCUUUUGAAGAGAGCUUGGCUUUACAAGGAGACAAAAAAUCUGGAUGAAGCUUUAAAGGACUACCAACGUGUCCUGGAGCUGGAUCCCAGCAUUGGAGAAGCGAGGCAUGCGUGCAUGACACUACCUGAUGAAAUCAAAGAGAGAAAUGAGAAAUUGCAAGCUGAAAUGCUAGAUAAGUUGAAGGAGCUUGGCAACCUUGUUCUAAGGCCAUUUGGUAUGUCAACUGACAAUUUCAAGCUUACAAAAGAUGGGGAAGGGGGUGGGUAUAAAAUACAGUUUCAGAAGUGACGGUAUUGUAAAGUGAAACCAAAUAAAGUAAACAAAUUUUUCUCAUCA